CUGAGGAUCACUUGGGGCAGCUGUCAGUUAAUAUGACUGCGUUUGUCGGCGCGCAUGUGGUUGAGUCUGCGUGUGGCUGUGCGAGUGUGGGAUUCUGAGUUUCCGUCAAUGUGCAGUGUUUGGUGAGAGACUGGGUUGCGUGCUUGUGUGUGAGAGGGCCUGUGACCGUACGGGGACUGGGUUUGGGGAAGGUGUCUGUAGGGUUUAAGACUGUGUGUGCCUGUGUGAGUGUGAGAGUGGGUGCCUGGGUUUGCGUGUGCCAUUGUGUGACUUCAGCGUGGCAGGGCGAGAGUGAGAGACUUGAGUUAUGUGCGUGUCUUGUGUCCUGUGUCAGACUGUGUGAGAGUGGAGCUGUGUUGUAUCUCGGGGACCAACUUCAGUAGUCAGUGGGACUGACCUUUCUACUUAAUGUCCAGCAAAGACAGACCCACCCCAACACACUUGUCUUCCCUUCCUUUCUGUGCUCUAGCAUCCCUGUCAUUGGUCUACUGCUUAUUUUCUGUUUCCCUGUCUCAGUUUCCUUUUAUUUCUUUUUCUCUCCCUACUACUGUCUUCCUAGAGCUGUCAGUCAUCUGUGUCUCCCACAGUUUUGUCUCCCCAGGUAUCUCUGUGUAUCUGCCUCUCACAUCCUCUACAUCUCUGUCUCUCUCUGUACCCCUGUGCCUAGAUCCCCUGUUCACCUUUGUCUCUUUGGCUACAUGGGGGCCUGGAGCAGUGACGAGAUGUGGGAUCUGCCAUUCUAAGAGCACCCUGGAAGAGGUGACUUAAACCAUUAUGAGGAUUUGCUUCUGGGGAAUGCUGCGACCCCAUCCCAGGGGCAGAGUGCUAAGUGUCUGUGUGUCUGUGUGUGGUGUGAGGGUAUGGGUAUGAGUCUGAGUGAGGAUGUCUGAGUGUAUCUGUGUGACUGUGAGUGGCUAUAUCUGAGAGUGUGUGUCUGAGGGUAAGUGUGGGUCUUAUAUAUCUGGCACCAAGGGACCAAAGGCAUUUCCUGAUGCUGGGGCCCAAAGAGCGGAGGGGGAGAUGAGCAGCAGCUGCUCAGGGUUGAGCAGGGUCCUGCUGGCUGUGGCUAUAGCCCUAGUGUCCGCCGCCUCUCCCUGUCCCCAGGCCUGGGGCCCCCCAGGGUUCCAGUAUGGGCAGCCUGGCAGGUCCAUGACACUGUGUUGCCCUGGAGUGACUGCUGGGGCCCCGGUGUCCUGGUUUCGGGACGGGGAGACAAGGCUGCUCCAGGGACCUGACUCUGGGCUAGGACAUGAGCUGGUCUUGGCCCGGGCAGACAGCACUGACGAAGGCACCUACAUCUGCCGGACCCUGGAUGGUGUACUCGGGGGCAUUGUGACCCUACAGCUGGGCUACCCCCCAGCCCGCCCUGUUGUCUCCUGCCAAGCAGCUGACUAUGAGAACUUUUCCUGCACUUGGAGUCCCAGUCAGGUCAGCGGUUUACCCACCCGCUACCUCACCUCCUACAGGAAGAAGACUGUACCAGGAGCUGAUGGCCUGAGGAUGAGUCCAUCCACAGGACCCUGGCCAUGCCCCCAGGAUCCUCCAGGGGCUGCCCGCUGUGUAGUUCAUGGGGCCGAGUUCUGGAGCCAGUACCGAAUAAAUGUGACUGAGGUGAACCCCCUGGGGGCCAGCACACGCUUGCUGGACGUGAGCUUGCAGAGCAUCUUGCGCCCUGACCCUCCCCAAGGGCUUCGCGUCGAGUCGGUUCCUGGCUAUCCCCGCCGCCUGCAUGCCAGCUGGAUGUACCCUGCCUCCUGGCCCCGCCAGCCCCACUUUCUGCUCAAAUUCCGACUGCAGUACCGUCCAGCGCAGCAUCCAGCCUGGUCCACGGUGGAGCCGGCUGGAUUGGAGGAGGUGAUCACGGAUGCUGUGGCUGGGCUGCCCCACGCUGUACGGGUCAGUGCCCGGGACUUUCUGGACGCUGGCACCUGGAGUGCCUGGAGUCCUGAGGCCUGGGGGACUCCGAGCACCGGGCUCCUGCCGGAGGAGAUACCGGCUGGCGGACAGCCACAGAAGCAGCUGGAGGAGCCGCCUCAGGCAGACAGCCCCGCUCCCCCCAGGCCCUCCCUCCUGCCAGACCCACGGCCACUUGACCACAGAGACCCCCUGGAGCAGGUAGCAGUGCUGGCAUCUUUGGGGAUCUUCUCUUUCCUGGGACUGGCAGCUGGGGCCCUGGCACUGGGGCUCUGGCUGAGACUGAGACCAGCUGGGAAGGAUGGACCCCAAAAGCCUGGGUUCUUGGCUCCAGUGAUUCCAGUGGACAAGCUUCCAGGGGAGACCACGAAAUCAGUAUGCUGAGAAGAGGAGUGGUGCUGUGCAGGAGGCCAUGGAAGAUGGAGAGAGAUGGACAAAUGGGUAGAAUCUUUGGAAGCAGCAAGUGUGUGGGUUGCAGAAGUCCUGCUUGUGUGGAGUCUGCAUGAGACUGUGUGCUGGAUGGCAGAGACUGAGCGGAAGAGUGAUGAUGAGGGGGAGGGAGUCCAUGGUGGUUCUGUGAUGUGUAUGUGAGCCUGUGUGAGGCUGUAGCUGUCUCUUGUUUAUGGCCACCUGAAGCCUUCAUUUUUUAUAUCCAGAAAUUUCUUCCUUUCUGUUGUGUAAUAAAGAAUUUGACUGGUUUUUGU